AUGGUGGUUUUUUUUUCCCCAAAUUCUGGACAGUGAGAACAAACGGAGAGAAAGGAGAAAACGUUAGUCGUGUUAGGAGGGAGUUAAAGGAACGACGCCGUUUUAUUAAAGUUGGGAUUGAGAUUUAAUCUUGGCCGUCGGUUAAAUUCAUUAAUGAGGUGUCAUGUUGUGAUGAAAAGAUGGGGUAGACGUGGUGAGGAAAAUAUGCGGAGAGGGUACGGAUCCCCGUACUCCCCGCUGAUCUCACCGCCCCAAAUCAACGCAUCCAUCGCCGAUCUGCCACCGCCGGUCGCCGAUCUUCCUCCUCCUUGCACGGGUAGUUUCUCUCUCUCUGUCUGUCGACCUCUUCCACUGCCGGUCGCCGAUCUAAAGGGAGAGAGACUGUGGUUCCCAGAUCUUCCUCCUCCUCCUUGCACGGGUAAUGGAAGACUUUAGUCCUUUAUAAAAUCCUAAAAAAUGAGACUGAAAAAGACUGCUCCGAGAUCUUGAGAUUGGAAGCAAAGAAAUUUGAUGGCUGUUUUUUUUUCUGUGUAAGAUCCCAUUUUGGUAAACUUUCAUGGAUUUGGGGAUAUUUUUUGUUCUAGGCUUGCAACUUUUUUUUUUUUUUGGUGAAUGGUUCUUCAUGUAUCUUUCUUACUUUGGUUCUUAAAAAUGAUGGACUGAUGGAAUUAGGUGAUUGUUUUGAUUGAAUGUGAAAUCUGGAUUGCAAAAAAUGAAUGUGGAACCUUUUAACGAGCUCAAGCCCGAGCCGAGCUGGCUCGUUCAUGUACUACCGAGUUCAGCCGAGCUGAGUUUGAGCUUUGCAAAUGAUUAACGAGCCCAGCUCGAGCCCAGAUUUUCCAGCUCGAUUCGAGCUCGAGCCUCCCUAUAAAAUGAUCGAGCCGAGCUUGAACACGUUAAAGCUCAGCUCGGCUCGUUUGCAGCCAUUGUGGUAGUGAAGUCUUGGCCUUCUAUUUAUUUAUUUUUAUCUCGGGAGAAGUUUAGAACUGAAAAAUGGCAAGAGAAGAAGCAGAGAAUGGAAGAGACAACAUGCAAAUUGAUGGUCCUGUGCCUGAACCUGAACGAGGACACGCUGUCCCCGAUGGAUUCAACCCGGAUUACCUCAAAAUUUACUACGGGAAGCUUUUCCCACAUGAAGAUAUCUUUAAAUGGUUGUCUUACGGAAAUGAUAGAAAGCAUCCUGGAUGCGACCAAUCAUACUUCGGACGGCGAGAGUUCUCUUUCACACUGGAUAAUGACAUAUACCUUCGUUUUCAGUCUUUCAACAGUGUAUCUGAACUAAAGAAAUCAAUCAACGAGAAGUGUCCCGUCAAAAUUGAUAUUGGGCCAGUCUACAAUGUAGAUCCUGCAAAGCGGCACACUUAUGCACAAUCUGGUGAUAAUAGUUUCACUCCAGUGGAGAGGGAGCUUAUUUUUGAUGUAGAUAUAACAGAUUAUGAUGAUGUAAGAUAUUGCUGCUCAGGCGCUGAUGUGUGCUUGGACUGCUGGCCACUAAUGACAGUUGCUAUUAAAGUGAUUGAUGUCUCUCUCAGAGUCGACUUUGGAUUCAAUCACAUUCUGUGGGUGUACAGUGGCCGGCGUGGUGUCCACUGUUGGGUUUGCGAUGGGAAAGCAAGAAGGUUAAAUGACGAGCAGAGGGCAUCAAUUGCUAAUUAUCUUUACCUAUACAAGGGCAAUGAAAAUAGUCAUAAAAAGGUUUCUCUGAUGGACGGCCCAAUGCAUCCUUUCGUUAUAAGAUCCUCCAAGAUAUCGGAAAAACACUUCAAGGAGAAACUGGUUUCCAGUCAGAAUUUGUUUUCAAACGAGGAGAGAUUUGAGAAGAUCUUAGAGAUGAUUCCGGAUGAAUCUGUUAGUUCAGAGCUUCGGGGAGCAUGGCAAGAGAGCAGGCGUUCCUCUAAUUUGAAUGGAGCUAUUAAUGUUUCUCGAUGGGAGCUAUUAAAGUGUAAGCUACAAUCUAGGAAACACAAGGGGCUUCGCAAAUUUGUUGAAGAGAUUGCACUCUCUUAUGCUUAUCCCAGGCUUGAUAUGGAGGUAUCAAAACAAAUGAACCAUUUGCUCAAGGCACCAUUCUGCGUACACCCCAAAACAGGUCAUGUGUGUGUUCCCAUAGACCCAAAUCUUUGUGAAGAAUUUGACCCUACAUCUGUUCCAACCCUUUCCAAGCAAAUAGCCCGAUGUUGAGAGGUACAGCCGUAACAGCCCCAUCGUUGACACUCCAUAGAGAAUGCUUCUGCGGAUCUCACUUUCUAUGGAGUUGACAAUCCAUGAAGUGACUAGAGCGUUGCAUCAUCCCCUGGAAGCAACUCGUCGGUAUCCUUGGACUUUUUUAUUGAUCUAUCGACGAAAUCAAUCUUAUUUCUAGUCUGAAACGCCAUGGCAUACGAAACUUUGUCACUCUCUUUCUCUACUAUUGUUACAAAGAGUCCGAUCUUUCGCCACUCCGAUACCAUAUUAGAAAAGAACCUGAGAUGGAUGCUUGGAUGGAUUUCACCAUCUUGCAGGAGAUCAUUUCAUUGAUACUUAUAGUUGAAUAAAAAAUUAAAUAGAAGGUAUCUUCAUCUCCAAGGGAAAAUACAGCUACUAUGGGAGUUGUACAAGGAAAUAGCGACAAGGCAAUAGGCUGGAAAUUAGGAAGAUUCCACUAAGGCAAUCAAUGGAGAAUCAGGAAAAUAAAGUCAAUAGUUGAGAAUCUGGUGAGAAUCUUCCAUGUGGAAUAUACUUUUGUUUCUUCAAAAGUUCAAAGUUCCAAGUCACUGUUAUUUAGUAUAAUGUGGCUACAACAAUGUGGUACAGUGGUUUUUUUGCUUUCUUGUCCAUCUACUUUUUGCAACAAAUUCAUGCACAAUGAUGCUAAGCAAAGUCCCUCCUGUAAUUUGCAGCCUCACAAUUAAUCUGAGUGUUGCAUGAUUUGAGUAACCUAUAUUUUUGCUUGAUUUUUACCUCAAAAACUAUUGUUGGUUGAGUUCACAAUGCUACUUAUCUCUUUCAACUCAUCUCCAUGUGCAAGGAUGACUAUAUCUGGUUGGUAUUAAA